AAAUGACAGAACCUGCAAAUCCAGAAAAGCUGUAAAAUUAAAGAUCUCGAAUGAUUGGCAACUAUGUGAUAGGUGAUGAUUUAUUGAUUCAGCAGGUUAGGAAAAACUCUUGGGUUUGGUACAUUUGGGAAAGUGAAAAUGGUAACCCACGAAUAAUCAGGUGAGAAGGUGGCUAUCAAAAUAUUGGAGAAGGAUAGAAUAGUAGAGACAGCUGAUGUGGAGAGAGUUCAAAGAGAAAUUCACAUCCUGAAAUUAGUUAGACAUCCGCAUAUUAUUUAAUUAUAUGAAGUAUACAUUAUGUGAUUCAUAUUCUAGAUAAUUGAGACUCCAAAACACAUCUUUUUAGUGAUGGAGAUGGUGAGUGGAGGUGAAUUAUUUGAUUACAUAGUAAAAAAUACAAAGUAAUAAAAUAAUUGAAAUAGGUUGGAGGAAGUUGAGGCCUGUAAGUUAUUCUAAGAACUGAUAUCAGGAAUAGAAUAUUUGCAUAAGAUUAGAGUUGUACAUAGAGAUUUGAAACCAGAAAAUUUAUUACUUGACAACAAUAAGAAUCUCAAAAUUGUUGAUUUUGGCCUAUCAAAUACAUAUAAGAACGAAGAGUUACUAAAAACUGCAUGUGGUAGUCCGUGUUAUGCUGCUCCUGAAGUAUUCAUUCAUUAACAAAUCUUAAUUAUUAGAUGAUAGCUGGUCGAAAGUAUUAAGGAUUGCAAGUAGACCUUUGGAGUUCAGGAGUUAUAUUAUUCGCUUGUUUAUGCGGCUAUUUACCUUUCGAGGAUCAAAACACUUCUGCCUUGUACUAGAAGAUCUUAAGUGGCACAUAUUAAAUGCCAUCUCAUUUAUCAAGAGAUGCUUAGUCAAUGAUCUCUGGUAUUCUAACUGUGGAUCCCCAAAAAAGAUUCACAAUAGAAGAUAUACAUAACCAUCCAUGGUUUAAAUUAUAUCGAAGAUCAUAUGAAAUUCCACCAGGAAUUGUUGUCGGAUAUAAUAGAAUCCCAGUGGAUUAAGAUAUUCUAAAAUAAUUGAAAUCCUUUGGGAUUGACAUAGAUUAUGCGCAAAGAUGUUUAGAUGCAAAUAAGCAUAAUGAUGUUACGACAUUCUACCAUUUGUUAUUAAAACGACAUUUAGUAAAUGGAGGUAGAUCAACGGCUGAUCUCAACUCUGAAUCUUUCGACAUUAAAUUACUUGAACCAAAGCAAAGGCCUAAUAAAGGUAUAUUUUAAUUGUAUUAGCAGCCACUAUGAAUUCAUUAUUGAAUAAUGAGAAACUGAAAUAGUAAAUGAGAGAAGAGAUAAUCAAAUAGAGAUCAUAUUCAACCGAUAAAGAUAGAGGACGGGUAGUUAAGAGUUCGGAAUAGAAUCAUAGAAUAAUAGCUGAAAAUGAUUAAAGUGUUAAUAGAAUUGGAAAAAAUGGAUAAGCAUCAAGUGUAUAAAAUCGAUAAAAAGAUGAAAAUUAUUUUGAGCAAUCCCCUGUUAUCAAAAAGAGCAAUAAGUUACUUCAUUCAAAUUUGCAUGGAACCAAAAAUAAAAGUAGUAAUAUUGCAUCUGCUGGCCAUAGGUAUAGGGAUGAAGGUAAGAGAGGAAGCUCAAGAAAUAAAAAGGAUUUAGAGAUGACUAAUCCUUAUAGAAAUGCUAAUAGGGAUCCUUAAUAAACAAAUAAAUUUGUUCAAAGUGGAAGCAGAUCUCAAAAUCAUAAGAAGGACAGAGCUUAAUUUACCAAUUAGACCAAUUUAUCCUUUGAUGCUCUUCAGAAUCCAAAUUAAAUAACUAAAUAGAAAGCUUAUCAUAUAGGAUUUUAUGAAUGA